AUGAAGUUCUCUACCUUGUCCCUCCUUGUGGGCGUCUCUAUUGCCGUGCCCUGGAGACCACGCGAGCCCAGAGCGACCGGAUCAAAACGACUGACAUUCAAUGAAACGGUGGUCGCGUCUGAGCUGUCUCCCUCGUCGAUUUCAGUGCAAUGGAUCGAAACCGACAAUGACGGGGAGUACGUCUUCCAGGAGCAGGACGGCAGCAUCAAGAUAGAGAGCAUCGUCACCAACCGAUCGCAGACCAUUGUCCCAGCCGACCAGGUGCCAGACGACGCGUACGACUACUGGAUCAGCCCUGAUCUGUCGUCUGUCUUGUGGGCAACUAACUACACGAAGCAGUACCGCCAUUCCUUCUUCGCGGAUUACUACAUCCAGGAUGUGGAGACAUUCGAGUCGCUGCCGCUAGUAAAGGGUCAGGUCGGCGAUAUCCAGUACGCGCAAUGGAGUCCCGAUGGGAAAUCCAUCGCGUUUGUACGCGGAAAUAAUCUGUUUACCUGGGUUGAUGGCGAGGUGGCUGCGAUCACUGAAGACGGUGGACCAGAUCUGUUCCACGGCGUGCCCGACUGGAUCUACGAAGAGGAGAUUCUGGGUGACCGGUUCGCGAUCUGGUUCUCGCCUGACGCGGAGCUGCUUGCAUUCCUGACUUUCAACGAGACUGGCGUUCCUACGUACACUGUCCCGUACUACAUGGACAGCCAGGAGGUUGCACCCCCGUAUCCGCGAGAGCUCGAGAUCAGAUACCCCAAGGUCUCAGAGACAAACCCAACGGUCAAGUUGAGUAUCCUCAAGCUUGGCGAUAAUGAGGUGACGCCUAUCUCGAUCGAUGCAUUCGAUCCUAGCGAGUUGGUCAUUGGUGAAGUGGCCUGGGUGACGGACGCCCACAGCGCUGUAGCUGUCAAGGCCUUCAACCGUGUGCAAGAUGAGCAGAAGAUUGUCAUCGUGGAUACGGAAUCUGGCAAGGCUGCAGUCGCACAUGAGCGCGAUGGUACCGACGGCUGGUUGGAUAACUGGCUGUCGAUAGCGUACGUCGGAGCACUCAGCGGUAGAAAUGCAUCCUCUACCUAUUUUGUGGAUCUGUCCGACCAUACCGGCUGGACACACCUGUACCUCUUCUCGACCUCGGGCGGCGAUCCCAUCGCAUUGACUGAGGGAGAAUGGGAGGUUACGCAGGUGGUGAGCGUUGAUCAACAGCGUCAGCUCGUAUACUAUCUCUCGACGCAGCACCACAGCACCGAGAGACACCUGUAUUCAGUGUCAUACAAGACCUUCAAGAUCAAGCCCCUUGUCGACGACACUGCGGAAGCAUACUGGAGUGCUUCCUUUUCUGCAAAGGCUGGAUAUUACAUUCUGACCUACGCCGGUCCAGAUGUUCCAUACCAGGAGCUCUACUCCGUGAACCAGACGGCUCCCCUCCGCACUCUCACCAGCAAUGCAGCAUUUAUUGAGCAGCUCAAAGGCUACGCGUUACCCGAAAUCAGCUACUUUGAGCUGAGCAUCCCGAGCGGAGAGAAGUUGAACGUAAUGCAGAGGCUGCCGCCGAACUUCUCGCGGGAUAAGAAGUAUCCCAUAUUGUUCACUCCUUAUGGCGGUCCAGGGGCACAAGAAGUUAGCAAGGCAUGGAAUCAGCUCGAUUUUAAUGCAUACAUUGCGUCCGAUCCUGAGCUCGAAUUCGUUACAUGGACUGUAGACAACCGCGGCACUGGCUAUAAGGGUCGUGAAUUCCGCUCCUUGGUGGCCAAACAGCUUGGAAGCCUUGAGGCAGAGGACCAGGUAUAUGCUGCGAAACAGGCCGCACAGCGAGAAUGGAUUGAUUCCAAUCACAUUGCUAUCUGGGGCUGGAGUUAUGGGGGUUACCUGACAGGCAAGGUUCUCGAAACCGACAGCGGUGCGUUCUCGCUCGGUUUACUAACUGCACCUGUAUCCGACUGGCGACUGUAUGACUCGAUGUAUACCGAGCGGUACAUGAAGACGCUUUCAACGAACGAGGACGGGUAUAAUACGACCGCCAUCCGGCGCACCGAGGGCUUCAAGAAUGUGGAGGGAGGAUUCCUGAUCCAGCACGGCACCGGCGACGACAAUGUUCACUUCCAGAAUGCUGCAGCUCUAGUCGAUACGCUGAUCGGAGACGGGGUCACACCAGAGCAAUUGCAGGUGCAGUGGUUUACAGAUUCAGACCACAGCAUUAGAUAUAACGGAGGCAAUGUCUUCUUGUACAGACAGCUGGCGCAGAGGCUGUACGAGGAGAAGAAGCGGUCGGACACGGAGGAUACACAUCAAUGGAGCAAGCGGCACCAGUGGAUGGCUUAA